AUGAUGGGCGUACCACGCUCGCGGAGGCAAUCUAUCGAAUGCCACGGAUGCAACAUACCUCCGCCAUCCCCCCAACCUUCUUCGGCCUUCGAGGACAUCUUCGACGUCGAUUCGCCUGUGUCGAGGCCUGUCAGCGAGGCCUUUAUGUCUGGAACCUCCACACCAAACGGCACAAUAGGUUCUCGACCACCAUCUCUGACGGAAAUUCUUCUCGAUGUUGCGUCGCCACCAUGGACCCUCAGCGCCUUCAUGGCCUACCUCUCGCAAAACCACUGCAUGGAGAGCCUCGAAUUUACGCUUGAUUCGCAACGGUACGCCGCCUUUUACAGCGAGAUGAUUACCAACAACCCGAACCGCACCCAAGAGACCAACGACCGUAUCUGUAUUUUGUGGGAAAAGCUUAUGCAGGUUUACAUCAUUCCUUGUGCGCCUCGAGAGGUCAAUCUCCCGGCCCGUAUCCGUGAUCAACUGCUCGGCCUUCCUUGCGGCCCAAUCCCCCCUCACCCCGCACAGUUGGAUGAGGCCGGCCGGAUCCUCUAUGAACUCAUGAACGAUUCUCUACUUUUACCUUUUCUCCAAUCUGUCGCUCCCAUGCAGCUUGAUGGACCCGUCGACGAGCAUGGACGCGGGUCUCGCCGUUCCUCAAACAGCAACACUCGAAUGGGCGCGCCCGUCCGCUCAUUGAACUCGAUGCAUCAUACUGACCCCGAGUCCCUGACUGACGACAGUGACUGUAACUCGACUCCUGGUAUGGAGCCCAUGACUCCCCCCACCACACCGCCUACUUCUGAAUGGGCUUUUACCACUUCCCCAGGGGGUCUUCAACGUGCUGUCGUGUCAUUGCCUGAAUCAUCCGACGAAGCCUAUUGGACUCAUGAGAUUUCUCAAGAAGCUCUUCAGACCGAAGGCUCAUAUCAUGGUCACCCACUGCAUAGCAACUCGAAUGCUGCGGAUGAUGGUUGGUACCACAACCCUGACCUCCAACAAGAAGGCGGUUUUGGCGAUGGCACGGCCGCGAAAUCUGACACCGCUCGAUGCGGUGCGAAGGCGUCUUUCGUGCAAAGGGACAUACGCAUGAGAAGACGACAGAACAAGCCCCCGGAGCUUGUAACCAAUAUGCAGUCGGCGAGGCAUAAGUCCACUGCUCAGUCCCAGCAUGCUUCCGCCACACCUUUAUAUCGUCCUGAUCUGCUUGCUCCACCAGUAUUCUCCGACUAUGCAGAAAACAACAACGUCGAUAACACCUCGAUGCCAAUGACUGAUGUGUCAAAUUAUCUGCCCACACCCACUACCAGCAACGAGGACAUGAGGUGCCCAUCGACAAGUUUAGAAACGGAAGCGUUUAGAUACGCCUCUCCGAUAGAGGACAUGUAUGGAUGGGAUGCGGAACUUGAGAGGCGUGAAGCUUCACCAAGCCGGGAUUCGAUUAGCUCCACUGAGGGUCUUGAUGCCUUUGCUCUCAGCUACAGACGAGCCAACGGUAGCAAGCAUAGCUUGCUGCAGCGAGUCUUCCGCGUUGGCUCUUCGUCAUCUGUGGGCAAGAUGGAAACAGCUGUCUGA